CCGUAGCCUGUCCUCGCCCCAGCCACCUCCUUUGCAGACUCCGAGAAGAGAGAGACUGUUUUGGAAUCGUGUAAGAUGAACGCCACACCCCUUAUCCUGCUGGCGACCCUCUUGGGCCUGAGCGCCACCUUCGCCUCGGCCUCAGACGAGCGAGAGGCGAGGAUCUUCGCCUACUACUCCACCACCUCCGUCACCAGCCUCACCACCGUCACCAUCACGGGUCUCUCUACCUGCGUCUCCACCACCACCGCUGCGUGUCUCGGGAGGAGGAAGAGGGCGGUCUUUAAUACCUUCGCCGAGCUGGAGAACGAGAGGGACGACCAGCCCAUCAACCUGGACGGAAGCCAAGGCGACGACGCCGACGAAGUGCCGUCCCGCGUCGAGAGAUCUCUUGACGGAGAGGAGCGCGACGAUCAAGGCCGAGAGGGCAAGAGGCUCACCAUCUGGUCUACGAAUUUCACCACGCUGACUCUCACGUCGACGUCUGUCCAGCCUUCCACCACCGUCACCGCCUCCGCCCUGUGCGCUGCUCCCGGCGUCACCCAGGGUUGCUUCAUCGGUUAAGAAAGCAAGGGAGAGAAAUGCAGCGGUUUUCGUUCUGACGUCACGCAGCCCCGCCCUCUUUCUCCGUCGGCUCCUCCUCCUCCCUUUCGUUAGCUCCGCCUACAUUUUAUUUAUUUUUUACCGAUGUUCGGCAUGGCUUGUUAUGACUUCCGUAUUUCGUGUGUUGUCACACGUUUUGCAAUGGUCAAUCAUUUUCAUUAAUUCAAUUAAUGAAAUAUGAAAUUCAAUACAGUUGAUUCGCAAUAAAUGAGAGCGAGGAAGGCAGGAAGCCGUAGGCGACGCAUUCGGAUGAUGAAUGGAUAACUUUUCUUGUUGUUAUUUAUUUUGAUUUAUGUUGUUCCUGCUCAGAACUUUACGUAUAUGUACAUAUUGUAUGAUAAAAUGUUUGUUAGUGUA